CAGAGCCUGGGAGAGCCGACGCUCUUUGCUCUGUGCUGCUUGUCUACGCGUCGCCACUAAGCAAAUUUGCCGGGCGGGAUUUCCGCAAAUUAUCAAGUAUGGCGAAGACUUACGAUUACUUGUUUAAACUGCUGUUGAUCGGGGAUUCGGGAGUCGGGAAGACCUGCGUGUUGUUCAGAUUUUCAGAAGACGCCUUUAACUCGACUUUUAUCUCAACUAUAGGUAUCGAUUUCAAGAUUAGGACAAUAGAGUUAGAUGGCAAGAAGAUCAAGUUACAAAUAUGGGACACAGCAGGACAGGAGCGAUUCAGGACGAUCACAACGGCGUAUUAUAGAGGCGCGAUGGGCAUUAUGCUGGUGUAUGACAUCACCAACGAAAAGUCCUUUGACAACAUCAAAAAUUGGAUUAGAAACAUAGAAGAGCAUGCAUCAGCAGAUGUGGAGAAGAUGAUUCUGGGCAACAAAUGUGACAUCAAUGAGAAGCGACAAGUUUCCAAAGACAGAGGAGAGAAGCUGGCCUUAGAGUAUGGCAUCAAGUUCAUGGAGACGAGCGCGAAGGCCAACAUCAACGUAGAACAUGCAUUCUUAACACUCGCCAGAGACAUUAAAGCAAAGAUGGACACGAAACUGGAGGGAAACAAUCCCCAAAGCAAUCAAGGAGUAAAGAUCACCACCGAGCAACAGAAAAAGAGCAGCUUCUUCCGCUGUGUUCUACUGUGAAGACCAAGGCCUUAUUGUCCUCCAACCUGCGGCUGGACCCAACUGGACUGUGCUCUUGUUUUUAGCACUUCUCUCUCUCCCUCCCUCCCUCCCUCCCUCCCUCUCUCUCUCUCUCUCUGUGUUUCAGCACCUCUCUGCUUCCAGCCCUGGCACUGCUGGAGUGCUCAGCUUAUCUGAUCUGCUUCCACUGACACAUGGUGUCUUCCAGCUCGCAUCCCUUUUUUCUGACGAGGCCGUGGAAGGCUUGCAUAGAUGUUUUUUUUGUUUGUUUUUGAGGGUUUUUUUUAAAUACAUUUUUUGGAUCGUCAUGUCAUCAUGACUAAAGAUCGCACAUUAAACAACACAUUCCCAUUUAGUCUUCGCAGUCUUCUCUCUGCGGCACAGAAGGGGUCGAUAACGUCCAAGUUCGUUACUCGGUCGCGCUUUCUUUUAUUGACAGUCAUAAAGCAGCACAGUAACAAACACCGGUGCUUCUUUUUGCGCCAGCUUUUAUGAUUGAGUUCAACACAACGGCUCACGUUGCACUCGACAUUCCGACAUUUAAAACCAGUAUUUUUUCAGAAGUAAUUAGUGUAGUUCUGUUGUAUGUUUAUUCUUCUGUGUAACUAAUUAAUAAAAGAAAGGCAUCAUGUUUUGCCCUGUUAUAAACUGCCCCAAGAAAAUGCAUACUACCAGCAGAUCUGAGUUCGAAUGAAAUACCUGAAUAUUUAUUCUGAUCUAAGGCAAGAAAUUAUAUUCAAGUCUUAAAGAAGAGAAAUAUGUAUUUUUACCAUCUCUCCUUAGGUGUUUGCUUUUAUUUUCCAUUUGAUUUGGCUUUGAAAAGUUCCUAUUUACCCAACAGGAAACAGCUGUGUUUUUUUGUUUGUUUGUUUGUUUGGGGGUUUGUAUUUUUUUUGUUUUUUUUUAAUAAUAAUAUUUGAAUAGACCCUUAACACACUUGUCACUUCCUGUUCGAGACUAUAGAUGGCAUCAUGCACCCAGUACGAUUCUUCAACAUAUCCUGCUCAUUUCCUGUGCGCGCUCAGAUUAUUAGAGUGCAUAUGACUGGACUUAUCUGCACAUAGAACAGCUGCUGUUGUCGUUUAUGUCGGCCGCCUGCUUUCGCUUUAUCUUCGCUGACGUGUUAUAUACGCGCAUCUUAAUACAAGCUAGCAAUAGGCCAGGAGAGCCGUUAACUUACCAGCGCAAAGGCACCCAUCAUGUAUCUCAAAAGAAAAAAAAAGAAGUGAUGGAACAAUAGCUUAUUGAUUAAGAGUUUUAUAAAAACAGUGUUUUACAGUUUUGGUUCUGGGAAGCAGAGAGAAGUUUCACUGACAGGAGAAUUGUUUUCUUUGUUUGCAUUGAAACUUGAAAUAGAAAAGCUUUGGUUUGAAUGAAAAGAUUUAGCACCUCCCCCCCCCCCUCCAAAGAGUUUAAAUGUCUCUGCUUCCUGUACGAGUUUGUUCACUUCUCCAUAUCACCCAGUCUCUCUUCCUUAACAUUCUGCCAUUUGUCUUAAUAUCUAAUACUUGAUCUCUCAUUCUAGAUCUAUGCAUUAUGAAGGUGACUUUUUUGACUUCUCUCUCCCUCUCCCCACCCCCCCUCUCUCUCCCCACCCUCUCUCUCUCUCCCCACCCUCUCUCUCUCUCUGCAUUAGGUUUUUUGUUACACUUCUUAAACAUUCCCAUAGUCUGUUUUUUUUUUUUUCUUUGCUUUGUCAAUCACUUUUGUGCAAUUUAGUGACUCUUUAAUAAUAAGAGACUUGUAUAGAGUAUCGGGUGAGAAAUACAGUUUUCACUGUUCAGUGUGUUUUGCUUCAGUAACCUGUAACACAGCAAUGGAUCUGUCUUUGAUCCGACAGGCACGACGGCUCGAGCCAGCGCUUGCCAUUUAUUUCCCUUUCUGUGCCCACUUUACGGUUGAGCGCCACUCCGAGCGACAGAGGCGAGGAUAUAAGGAGAAAAAAACAGAAGAGGAGAGGGUUUAUGAAACCGGCACAGCUUCCCGAGGUUUUCACAGUUUUGUCAGCUCCAUCAAAGCCUCUUCAAGCAGUUCAUAGUGUUUAAAUGUCAGAUCUUUAUUUCUUUAUUUUAUUCUCGAAAUCACUGUCAUUCGUAUCGUUUUCGUUUCUUUUAUACGUUCGUUUAAUUUUUGAUGGCGAGGUGAACGGGGGGGGGAUGAAAGUUGUUACAUUUUGAAAAAAAUAUAAAAACAACAAAAAAGGAACAAUUGUAAAUAACACUCAAAAAAGAGAUCUACUUAAAUUGUACUGUACUUUCUAAAAAAAUGAUGUUGAAAAAUUGUCUACAGUUUUGUAGAUAUCAGUGCUUUUGAUUUAUUAAAAUAAGAAUCUUUUAAGAAGUGAA